GACAGAGAGAGAGAGAGAGAGAGAGAGAGAGGAGAGGAUUAUGGAUCUCUCGGGCUUAUCUUUCCAAAAAUUCGUCGACUUCGCUCUCGACCACACCAGACUCCGCACCACCCUCACCCCUCAUCUCCCCUCCCAGAAGUUCAAAUCCAUCAAGGCCAAAGACGGCAACAAGGCCGUUCUCACCGCGCUUUCAUUCCAGUCCCCCAAAAUUAGACUCCUCCGCAGUUUGGCGAUCGCAGAUGAUAAUGCGAUGCGGGUUCUCGACUUCGGAGUAUUCCCUGAACCGGAGUACGAUCUGCCGAUAUUUUGCGCCAACUUUUUCGCCACCGCUAGUCGGAGUAUCGUGGUUUUGGACCUUAACCCCUUGUAUGAUGUCACUGUACAAAGGGAUUACAAGGAGAAGUACUUUAAGAAGUUAAUGCCCCUCGGCCAGAAGUACGCCGAGCUUUUCCCAUGGGGAGGCAAGAUUACGAGCGAGUCCAUGAAGUUUUUCUCGCCAAUCGUGAUUUGGACUACGUUCAGCACUAGCCGCGACAAGCAUGAUGACCUAUAUUCAGCUUUCGUGGACUACUAUAAGGCAUGGCUUGAGUUGAUGGAUGAAGCAGUGGAAGAAAAAGAUGUGCCUCAGAUACUCCAUAAUCGUGAAGCACAGCACAAGUAUCUCACAUGGAGAGCAGAAAAGGAUCCUGGAUAUCCACUCCUAAAGAAGCUGGUCGGAGAGAGUCUUGCUAAGGAUUUGGUGCGGAACUUCUUAUUCGAAGGAGUUGACACACUGGGCACCAACACAUUUUUGGAUUACUUUCCUGAAUAUAGAUGCGAAGACGGGGGCGUAAACCAAAAGCGGAGUAUGAUCGGAAAGUCCUACGAAACUCGGCCAUGGGAUGCUAAAGGAGAAUUCACAGGUGGGUGAACUCACUUUGCUGUAAAAUUUUGCUCUUCGCAGUUUUGUACUGAUAUUGUGAUGCUUUGUCCCCGAUUUUUCGUAGAAGUUCUGUAGAUUAAAAGUCUCCAUGUUCUUCAUGUAAAGCCAUCUUCCCAUCUUGGUACCUUUUUAAUCUCUUUCGGCCCCUUUAUUGUUGGUAAUGUUUGUGGAAAAUUGUUAGCUUAUAAAAGAUGAGACAAUUGUGUCAAAUAAUGUUUAGGAGGCAUGCUGUAUUCUCAGCUGAUGAUUUACAUCUAUUGAUCUUAAAUUAUCAUA